GAAGGCUGAGCGGCUUGUGGAAGGAGGAGAAGGAAGUGAACCAGGAGGGACAGGGAGCAGGUGGGCGGUGCCUCUAACGAGGAAACAGAGACAUAAGAGGCCGGGCCGCGACAAGGCUUCAUUACUGCUACUGCAGCGUGUGUGAGAGGGUGUGAAGCAAGGAUAACAAUGGCCCCCACACCCCCCCUCCUCCUCUUACUGCUGUGGGCUCUGAGGGUCAGCGCACUGCUCUCGAUCGCAGCGUGCGUCUGUGCUGAGCCGGACAGAACCGAGGAGUACGAGGUCGUCCGACCGAUCAGACUGCACUCGCUUCACAAGAGACACGCAGAGUACUCACGGCCGGACUCUCUGAAAUAUGCGAUGACCGUCCGAGGAAGAGACAUUGAAAUGCAUCUGGAGAGAAACAGGGAGUUGAUAACCGACGACUACAGCGAGACGUAUUACCGUGACGAUGGGAGCCCGGUCACGACCAGGCCCACCAACAUUGACCACUGCUAUUACCUGGGCAGAAUCCUCAACGACAGCCAAUCAACGGCCAGCAUCAGCACGUGUGACGGCCUCAGGGGCUACUUCCAGACGGCGGCGCAGCGCUACGCCAUCGAGCCCCUGGCAGCGGCGGGCGGGGACGACCACGAGGGCGAGGGCGACCACGCCGUCACGGCGCUGGGCGACCGGCCCGCCCCCACGCAGCCGGGCCCCGCCCCCUCGGUGUGCGGCGUCACCAACACGACCUGGGAUGACGGGGGGGCCGAGUUCGAGCCCCCGACCGGACGCAGCCGCUCGCGGGCUGCGGGCCCGACUCUGUUCCAGAGGCAGAAGUACCUGGAGCUCUUCCUGGUGGCUGACAACCGCGAGUACCUGAAGAUGAAGAAGAACAAGGUGGCUCUGAGGACCAAACUGUUUGAGGUCGUCAACUUCGUCAACAUGGUGUACAAGCCGAUGAACACCUUCGUCGCUCUGGUGGGUCUGGAGGUGUGGUCCACCAAGGACCUCAUCUUGGUCACGGCCCCCGCGGGCGCCACACUGGAUGCUUUCAACAACUGGAGGAACAAGGAGCUGCUGAAGAUUAAGAAGAACGACAACGCCCAGCUCAUCAGCGGUAUUGACUUCGAGGGCGCCACAGUUGGCCUGGCCUACGUUGGCACCAUGUGCUCUGGACACUCUGCUGGAGUAGUGCAGGACCACUCGGAACGGGCCAUCGCCAUCGGGGCCACGCUGGCCCACGAGAUGGGCCACAACCUGGGCAUGAAUCACGACGACUCCAGCGCCUGCACCUGCUCCGGAGACAGCUGCAUCAUGGCCGGCUCCCUCAGCUGGGACAUCCCCAAGACCUUCAGCAGCUGCAGCACCUCGAGCUACGAGAAGUACCUGAACAAGCGCAGCCCGGCGUGUCUGCUGAACAAGCCCGGCUCCGGGGGCUUGGUGGCCCCGUCGGUGUGCGGGAACGGCUUCCUGGAGCGGGGGGAGGACUGUGACUGCGGCUCGCUGGAGGAGUGCACCAACCGCUGCUGUAACGCCACCACGUGCACUCUCACCACCGGAUCGGAGUGCGCGUUCGGAGAGUGCUGCGAGGACUGCAAGAUCCUGCCGCGGUCCAGGGAGUGCCGUCGGCAGCAGGACGAGUGCGACCUGCCCGAGUUCUGCGACGGAACCCGCAGCGUGUGCCCGGAGAACGUGUUCUCCAUGAACGGCCUGCCCUGCGACGCGGGCAACGGCUACUGCUACAACGGCCAGUGUCCCCAGAAAGAGGACCAGUGUGUGAAGAUGUACGGCCCAGCGGCGCGGGUGGCCCGGCAGUACUGCUACGACGCAAACAAGCGUGGGACGUACUACGCCUUCUGCAAGAGGACCAGCAAUAAGCACAUCCCCUGCCAGUCCCAAGAUGUGAAUUGCGGUAAGCUCUUCUGCAGUGGUGGCCAGUCGGACCCCAACUACGGCCGCAUGGUGGCGUUCUCUGACUGCAAGGCGGCGUUCUUCGGGGAUGCAAGCGCUGACUACGGUCAGGUGGACACGGGCACCAGGUGUGCCGAGGGAAAGGUGUGCAGCAUGAACGAGUGUGUGGACCUGCAGGCGGCCUACAGAAACACCAACUGCUCCGCCAAAUGUCCCGGCCACGGGGUGUGUAACCACCGGUCGGAGUGCCAGUGUGAGCCGGGCUGGGUGCCCCCCCACUGCAGCGCCGUGGACCAGAGCGUCGACGCUCUGUCCAAUGAGGGCGUCAUCGCCAUCGUGGUGGUCCUGCUGCUGCUGGUGCUGGGAGCCGUUGCCGUGGUGAUAGGGGUCCUCUACAAGCGCAGGAGGAUAACCAGGCUGCCCACGGUGAACCCCCAGAAGAAGACCAUUGCCAUGGACAACCCCGGUUACCGCAGCAACACCGGCGUUCCGAGUCAGAGCAGCACUCCGCCGACGCAGGUACACCGGCCCAAGGCAGCCCCCCCUCCCCCACCUCCCGCUGGGAACAGACCCAAGCCCCCUCCCGCUGGGAACAAACUCAAGCCCCCUCCCGCUGGGAACCGACCCAAGCCCCCUGCCCCGAGCUACGCAGCCGCACGCCAGGCUCUGAGGCCGGUCCCGCCACCAAAACCCUGACGGCGCUAGAUAGCACGAUGCUACCUCACAGCGGUACGAAAACCAUUGCUCCCCACAUGGACCUACUUGCAGGCCCGCGGGGUGCCCAGGUGGUCAGGGACCCCCCUUUUACCACCUGCUGUGUUACUCAUUUGCCAUUACAAGCCAUUUCAAAACCUGCCCUCUAGUGACAUCACUAAUGGCAGUGUCCACCCAAAAGCAUGAUGGGCAUGACAAGGUGCUAAUUCUACUACACAUUCAGGGGAUCUCUGAAUUAUUUUAACCCUUCCCUUAAAUAUGACGGGUAGGGAACAUUCUCAGACAACAGACCACAGAGAACUUCAAUUCGAGGUCUGAAAAUAAAUCACAAUGCAAAAUCCUUUCCUUCCUUGUCUACUCCUUCAGGUUAUCUUCUUUAUCUUAUCUUCAGCAGGCCAUGUCAAGACCGACAAGUCAAAUGUGCAAUCUUCACAAUUGCAAUUAUAAUGCUUAUAAUGCAUUCAUUCCAGAGUCCAUUGAGAAACAAUUUCAAAGAUCGAGAGAAAUGUGUUCAAAUGAGUUAAGCAAAACUCAUAAAAAUGUCCCUUUUUACUACAUUUUUGGUAGUACCAUUUUAAACCAAUGAAUUUUAUGAUUUUCUUAAUGACUUAUAGUAGCACGCUAUUGUUUAUUCUAAUUUAAAAUGUUCUUGCUAUGUUGGCCGAGGACCAAUCACUUUAAUGGAGAAGAAAAUAUCUAAGGAUCUGCAAUCAAACUGCUUGUUGGCGCCUCCUAGGGGCGAAGGGACAAAUGACAACUACAGCUCGAGGAAAAUGGUAUGGUCCACCAUGCGGAUGGCUACAUUUGUAUAACACCUGUUAUAAACAAUAUUCUGAAGCGGAACAAGCAUAUAUAAAAAGCAUUGAAUAUGUUUAAAUAUUCGAAUGGGCUUUUCACAUUAAUAUCUGUUAAUGCAGAACUCUGUUAGUCUGAUCCCCCACCCAGCCUUCUCAUUGGACUGUACCAAAUAGAAGGAUUGUAACGGCUAAUCAACAUUACAAAUAGGGGGCCUUCAAAAAAAAGCCCUACAUUUCAGGGAUGGUGUUAUGAACACUCAUCUCUGCCUCCUACUCAGGCACUUAACCACCAGACCGAUGGGCCAACGCUACCAGUUUGGCCAGAAACAAACCACUAGGUGGGGAUCGGGGUCAACUGGUUUAGCAGCUUUGUUACUGCAGAAUAAAAUUAAGCCAGUUGGAAGACUGCCAUAUUUUAUAUGUAUUUACUGCCAUAAGACUGAAUAUGUUGCAAAUGAACUGUAUUGUACUGAGUACUUUUGUCUUGAUUUUAUGUGUCGCGUAUAUAUUUGAGCAUACAAAAUGUAUAUUAUUUUCAUAUGAUAUGGUGUGAACAGGGACAUAUGUGAACAGCAUGUAAGAACAAGAGAUGGGCCUUUCUAUGCCUUAUCAGAUACCUUCAGCUCAAUGAUGAGGAAUUGUCUACCAAGUGCUGCAUCAGUGAUCGUCCUGUUCAACAGAAUUCCCUGUUCAGUUUUCUUUUGUUUCACUUACAUUAAAGGCCUGCAGUGCGA